CCUAUUUCGCUCUUCUCAAGUUCGGACUUGGAAGUUACCUCUGUGGUAAGCUUAACUAAAAGGAAAUUCUAAAAAUGUAUAGAAAAGCUGUGUGCAAGUGUCUCUCUGAACGUCAAAUAAAACUGUAAAAUGCCAGUCGCAGAAAAUGGACAAAGGGCCUUUCCUGCAGCAGGAUCUAAACCAGGAUUGGAAAUAUGGAGAAUUGAGUUUUUCAAGCCUGUUAAAGUUUCUCCAAAGGACUAUGGAAAAUUUUACAAGGGUGACUCGUACAUCAUACUAGAGACAAUAAGUGUUGGUAAGACUGCCAAUAUUUACUUUUGGUUAGGACCAGAGACAACUCAGGAUGAGCAAGGAGCUGCUGCCAGCCUGUCUGUGACACUUGACACAGAAUUGGGUGAUUUCCCUGUGCAGCAUCGAGUGGUUGGAGGCCAUGAAGAUCAAAAGUUCAAAAGUCUUUUUAGUAAUGGGAUGAGGGUGGUUAAUGGAGGGCAUGCUUCUGGGUUCAAAGAAGGCAAAAAAAAGUUUGAAAAGGCGUUAAUGCGAGUUAAAGGGAAACGUAAAAUUUAUGCCUCUCAGGUACCACACACCAUUGAUUCACUGAACAUUGGGGAUUGCUUUGUUUUUGACUGUGGAAGAAAAAUUUUUGUGUGGUGUGGAAAAGAAAGCAACAAAAAAGAGAGGUUUAAUGCUAUAAAUUUUGCACGUGAACUACGGGAUGAAGAGCGCGCUGGUCUUGCUGCAGUUAUUACCGUUGACACACCAGAGGAGGAAGAAGAGUUCUUCUACGAAUUGACUGGAAAAAAGCGCAUUGUUCCUAUCACUAGAGAAGCUGAAAGUGAUGAGGCCCAUGAUGCAUCUCUCUCACUCAAUUUGUACAGGGUCAAUGAGGAUGAAACUGGCAAUAUCACAAUGAAAGAGACUGGCAGCAAACCCUUAAAGCGUGAAGAUCUUGACUCUGAUGAUUGCUUCAUCUUGGAAACUGGUCAAGGUGUCUAUGUAUGGGUUGGAAAGAAAUCCACCAGAAAUGAAAAAGAAAAAGCUCUCAAGGAUGCCCAAGGCUUUCUAUCUGCUAGACAGUUAAAUCCUAAUACAUCCAUUAAAAUUAUUGGCGAGGAACUAGAGCCGUCCGAGUUUAAACAAUAUUUUUCUUCAUGGGAACUUGUUGUGCCUUUUGGAAAUACACAGACCUUCCAUGCUGGUAAAGGAGUUGUGUCUAGAGAACAACUUGACCAGAGACCAAAGUUUGAAGUGAGAUCCAUGCACGAGAGAAGGGCAUCUGUGACUAGCACUCUUCCUGAUGAUGGUACAGGUACAGUACAAGUUUGGCGAGUUUACGGCUUUGCACUUGAAGAAGUACCCUCAAAAUCUUAUGGUGUGUUCUACUCUGGAGAUUGUUAUGUUAUUCUGUACACUUACAUGAAGAACAAUCGGGAAAAGCACAUCAUCUACUUUUGGCUGGGAAAUGACAGUACAGCUGAUGAACAAGGAGCUGCUGCAGCCGGUGCUAUAACCCUUGAUGACAAGUUCGCAGGGGAACCUUACCAGGUCCGGGUGUGUGAAGGAAAGGAACCAAUACAUUUCUUUAUGAUUUUCAACCACCGACUCAUUAUCUACCAAGGUGGCCACGCUAGUGGUUUCAAAAACACUGAAAGCGCCGGUAAUGCCACAGAUACUCGCCUUCUUCAGGUUCGCGUCACUGGAAACAAUUCUAGGGUUGUCGAGGUUCUUCCGGUGGCUCAGUCUCUGAACAGCAGUGAUGUGUUCGUACUUCACAACCCCCAUCACUGCUUCAUCUGGGUGGGCAAAGGCAGUAUUGGUGACGAACGAGAGUGUGCCAGAGAGGUGGUCAGGCUCAUCUGGAAAUCAGAUGACGCCGAUCUUGUUAUGGAAGGCAAAGACCGUGACAACUUCUGGAACCUGCUGGGAGGAAAAGCUGAUUAUGGCUCGGCCAAACAAAGCUGGGCCGAGCAAGAGAGUAGCGGUUACCCCGCCAGACUGUUUCACUGUUCAAACGCCACGGGGAGGUUCUUGGUCGAGGAAAUUCUUGAUUUCGGCCAGGAAGAUUUAGAGGAAGAUGAUGUCAUGAUUCUUGAUGCCUGGACGCAGCUGUUUAUAUGGGUUGGAGCCACUGCACGCAAAGAAGAAAAACAAGACGCCAUCAGGACUGCUCUGGAAUACGUUAAGACAGAUCCUCGCCAACGUGUUCCAAACAUGACGAUGUCAGUGAUUAAACAAGGGGCUGAGCCGGUGGGAUUCAAGUCGUACUUCGUGGCCUGGGAACCACAGAUGUGGAACAAGAAAAUGAGUUACGAGGAACAGAUGAAACGAGUCAAACAAGAAAAUGAGAAAGUAGAUGAUAACGCGUGGAGUCUGACCGAGUGGGACGAGAAACUCAAGCCGAAAUUUUUCCCUUUGGAAGUUCUGCAAAAGAAAGGAGAAGACCUCCCUGAAGAAGUAGAUCCUACUAAGAAAGAGCUUCAUUUAGAAGACGCCAAAUUUGAAGAAAUUUUCAAAAUGUCUAAGAAAGAAUGGGAAGGUAUUCCACAAUGGAGAAAAAAUCAAGUCAAGAAGGCCAUUGAUCUGUUCUAAAUGAACAAAAGCUUCUGCUGUUAAUUUAACUAAACUUACAAUAACAUUUGCAAUUUGCUAUAGAAUGGGUGCGUCGUUUCAAAGCUCAUGGUUUAAAAAGACUUGUUCACGAUAAUCUUUGGCGCAUUAACUUUUUAGGAAUUUAGUAUACUUAAGCUCAAUCUUAAAAAACAAACAAACAAACAAAAACCAGGUCUAACCAGCAGACUGGUCAAACAGGAAACUGGUUAAAUGGGUUUGACUUGAUGGCUGCCUACAGAUGUGUUAAGUGGCCGGAAAAUCUUAAGGUAAACCAUACAACUAAAGUCUUUUAUAAACUUAGGUAGAAUUGUUUCGGGAUAUUUAAAGCUUUUCCUAGAUGUGGAAUAAAUGCUAUAAAUAAUCAACAAGAACAUAUUUUUUAGGCAUUUUAUCUAAAUUUACAGACUAACCGAGGUAGUAGCAUUUUGCUCUGUAUUGAAAUUUGAAUUUUAAUCUUUUGGUAUUUACUGUGCACAUGCAAGGCCUUAAUACUACGUUUAAUGAAAAGUUGGUGUGUCUGUGCAUAGCAGCAUGUGUUGCGUGAUGAUCCGUGCAGUUCAAGUGGAUGACUUUUGUUACAUUGUUCACAGUCUCCCCUCUCCUCUCCUACUGAGAUCAGGAUGAAGAGAUAACCUGGGAACGACGUUGUAAGCUUCGGUUGUUUUCGGUAUUCGUGUCUUGUUUGUAAUCGGUGUGAGUCGGAAAACCUGAGACUGUCGAACUUUUCCGAGUUUUUUUUUUUUUUUUCACAAUGUGUAUCGCAGACAGAGCCGCAGCACUGUUGAACGACGGUCUAAUUCAGUCUUAGCACCAGUGGCUUUUAGUAUAUUUAUAAUAAUGUAUUACUUGAUAACGUAUUUCACUGCGUAGGGAAUCAUCCAAAUUUUAAAGUACGUAACGUACAUAGUCAACUGUAAGUUGCCGACACUAGCUGUGUUUCUCUUGAAUAAAAUAUUCUGCCAAGAAA